AUAAAUCUUCACUUCGAACCAAGUUUCCAUAUAGUCGAUCUUCAUAUUGUUGUGGCUUUUGCGUAAGAACAGAGCGAGCUUUAACCUAAUAUAUAAGAUGGCUGCCGCCUGGCCCUAUGUUUAGAGUUCAACAAUGAUUCGUAUAGCAGCAUUAAAUGAAAGUGAUAGUGGGGAGGACGAGCAUGAAGAACAAGAGGGUGUAACCGCAACUCGAGAGGCGAAAGAGGCAGAGGCCUUUAGCAUUUACAACCAUGCCCUGGGGCUCCAGCGGGCAAAUGACAAAAAUGGAGCAGAGCAGUUGUUUGCCAGUCUUCUUCACCACCCUUUUCUAAAGGAGGCACAGGAUAUUGUGGACUCAAACAAAGAUGACAGUCAUCAUCCUGGCCUGCCUCUUCUGUAUCUUGUUUAUAAAAACUUGGCAGCAAUGGCUGUUGCCAGAAGCUCUUUUGUGGAGGGAAUGCAAUGUUAUCUCAAGGCUGUCAAGAUUGAUGCAAGUGAAGUAACAGUCUGGUACAAAAUGGGCAUUCUCGCCACAAAGCUGAACAAUUAUCCACUGGCCAAGUUGGCAUUUGAACAGGGUCUUCAGUGCAAUGAAAACCAUUGGCCUUGUCUGGACAAUGUCAUCACUGUGCUAUAUGCUCUGAAUGAUUACUGGACGUGUCUUGAUUACAUCAGUCAAGCACUGGAACGUGACUGUCAUUAUAGUAAGGGGCUUGCCUUUCAUCGUCAAAUUUUGAAAGAACAGCCUUCACUGAGCAGUGAAACAAAAGAAAUGUUUGCUUGCUGUGACCCACUUAUCUACAGUUUACAAAUGGAUGAAGCAGAAGUCAAAAAGUUCAUACAGGAAGCUGUGCAAAUUCGAGAUCUACGAAGAGAGCUGGCAAAACAGCCACCCCCACCCAGCCUUAAGCUGUCCAAACCUAUUAGCCAGCUGACGUGGAAGUGUGUUGGAGAAUGCCUGAUUGAAACAUAUGAUUCCUUUGUCUCAUCGGAUCCCCCAAAGAGUUUGGUCUUGUCACUUGAUCUCAGUGAGUAUGAAAUAGUGGUUGGGAAGAGAUGCAGCCUUGCUGAUGAGCCUUCUGCAAAUGCCGACAAAGGGAAGAUCAUUGCAGAUGCUCAUAUGGAAGAAGCAUCAGAACAAAUCAUUUGCAAAUCUCCUACCCAUGAAGAAAGGCUAAAUGUCUGCUUAGGGGAAAAUAUAACAAUCCCAGCAUUACUGGCUUCUCCUUCCACAAAUAAUGAGGCAUGUAAAACAGAAACUAUGUUGGCCUUAUUGCCUGCAGAGGUAACUGCUUUACCAAUACCUAGAUCUGAAAAUGUAAAUACCAAGCAGCUGGUUGAACCUGUUAGUGAGAGACUUGUAGAAACUGUUAUCCUGCUCAGCGAGAAGCAGGAAGCCAUGGACACAUCCCCUUCUGGAGCAGAGGGAAUCCAAGCAUCUGUUGGUAAGACAGACAUCAUCUCAACUGGUUCCAGUUCCUUGUCGAGGGUCAUAAGCCAGAUUGACAAGACUGCAACAGAAACAUUGACAAGAGUAAACAUUAUCAAGUCUUCUGACACCAUAGGACAAUUACAGCCUGACAGUGAUCAGAUAAAAGUUGAAAAGGUCAAAACCAGUGAGCUGAAAGGCAUUCAGGGAGGGGAAGAGAAGUUGCCUAUUGAGGGCUUAGGAGAAAAACAGGACACUUUUACACCUGGCACUUUAGCAGAACCUACCUUUUCACCUUCAGCAGCUUCAGAUGUUACUUUGCAAAUUAAGACUGAGAGGUGUGAUGCAGGUUUGCAGAAAGUACUAGACGGUGCUGCCAAAACCUCACACGAAACAGCUGAUGUGGAAAGUUCUUUAAUGGCCAAAUCUGCCAUUUCUCUGCCUGCCCUUCCCACUUCCAUGGUUUUGACAAAAGCAGUAAACCAAGUUAUGUCAUUGAUCGAAACUUCCAGUGAUGCUGGGAUGUCUGCUGCUUCCAGCUACCUUUCUUCAAGUCCUAUCCAAUCUCCCAAUGAUGCAGUCACUGUCAAGUCAGAAGCGGAAAGGCCAUUGGCUGGCAGUGAACUCUUCAAAGCAUUGUCGCAUGGUGCCUCUGCAGCAGAUCCUGGGCAGAUUGUUCAGCAUGCACCUGCAGCUCAAGUACAGAGCACAGCUCUACCACUGUCAGUUAUCUUGCCUGUAGACACCACUGCAAAGGGGACCAUGCAGCAAACGUCAGGGGUGACAACUUCACUUUUGCAGUCACCUCCUUUACCUCACCAGCCCCCACUCAUGCGCUCUCCAACCAUGGUCCCCUCUGUGACUCUGUCUCCAGUGUCCAGCAUGAACUGUGACCCAGCUCCUGCUUCUGACCUGGGUGGAUCCUACCUUUCCCCUGCCUCCACCCAGUCUCCACUCUUACCUAACAUUCCCUCGCCGUCGUCAUCGGCAGCAAGCACCCUGCAGGCUCACGGGUCCUCAUCCCAACCUCCGACACUCCCGCAGUUCCAGUUUGCCACCAUCACGCCCCGUGAAGUUCAGGCCUUGCUCCUUGACUGCCUUCCCCCAAACCCCCUUCUGACCACCCCAUCGCCUUCCCCCUAUUCUCACAACAUGGCUGAGAGGCUGCGGCAGGUGGCAUCAAAGGCAGCUGCUUCAACAACCAGCACGGCCACUGCCCAGCUUCAGUCACUGGCAUUGCUGGCCAACAUGACCAACUCCAUGUCUUCUGCUGGUCAAGUGUCUGGGGCUGGGAUGGUUGACAAUGCAGACCAGACAUCCAUUUCCACUUCUCUUGUGUCAUCUUCACCCCCAAAAAGAAAGAGUCCCGUUAGCCAGUCCACACCUGUAUCUGCUGAAGCUGCACUUCAUGACCAAUCAGGAAUGGGAAAGAACACUAAAGGAGCACGGCGAGGAGCUAAGCGCAAACGUUCUGUCAUUGAAGAGCUGGGAGGCUUGCAUCUCCUACAAGAAGAUUACAGUAUAAAAAGGCGAUCUGCUCGUGUGCGUAAUACUCGCAAAGAGGAGGAUAAUGUUAAUUUUCAGAAAUUACUGAGAAACUUUCUACCCUCAUCUUUGCAACGUGCGCAACAGGAGGAUGAGGAAAUGCAGACAGAGGACACCACAGCAUCUGUUUCACAGCUAACAGGUAGACUGCGAUGCUUCAGGAGGAAAUACUGGACGUCCUUUAGUAGAAAUGGACAGAGUGCUAUAGGAAUGAUGUACAAAUACCUGGUAUACCUGAGUACCAGAGAUGCCUGUCUCUGGCCAACAGGUGUAGCAGAUUUGUACCUGAAGGUUUAUAAUAGAAUGCACAACAUCUUCACUUUCCCUUCAUUGGAAAGCAUGAAUUUCCCAGAAGCUUAUUACAUCGAAAUAUCCAGGAUUGUACUUGUGUGGUGCGAGUUGACUCUGGACGAAUUCCUUGUGAAAAAGGCGGAUAGUAUUGUAUCCCCUGUUGCAGCUCAGAGGAGUGGAGAUCUUGGGUCCACAGCUGUCACUCCCUUCACAGGAGAAAAUGCAAAAGAAGACUUGUACUUCCUGUCUGUCAUAGCUGAUACAACCUUGCUGGAUAUGAUGGCUGAGUUUGCCACUCACUUCAAAGCUAGAGUGCAUUGGGUGAAAGCUAGACAGGCUAUGACCGAAAGCCAAAUGGAUCAAGCAAUCAGCAAUCUGGAAAUGGUGGCAAAAUGUUUGUGUGAAACAGAAGGUGGAAACAAAGACGUGAUCGUGUGCUUACCCAACUGUCUGCAGGAUAAAAUUAUCUCCCUUGAGGAGGUGAAAAGACAGCAAGAGUCACUCCAGCGCUACCAGUCUCUAGAAGAAACACAACGAUUAUUUGAGACUGGGAACUAUGCUCAAGUUGUAGAGUAUUUGACGCCAACCUUCACUCAGUUUCAGUCUCAGCGCCAUGGUGCAAAGGCAGCACUUCCAGAACGCCAUGCUCAGCUUGAGCUCCUCCAGGACGCACUUCUUCAGCUGCAAGACUGGGGUCGAUGUUUGCUAUGGGGGGAGGUGGCAUUUAAUGAAGCAUUGCACCACUACCGCCGUGCCCCAACCAUUGCUGUUCGUGACAACUGGGCAUUGACACUUGUCCGUCUCCUUCAAGAUCUUCAGAAGGUGUUUGACAAGGACAUUCAAGCUAUAAAUUCUUUACCAUCUCACAAAGUUGUCCAGCUAGUCCAAAAUCUGAUGAAGGUCAUAGAGAUCAACCAUGAUGUGUCUGAAGCUGUGACAGAAAUGCCCAUUGCCAGUGUGUUGCCAUGGAUACUGCUGUAUAGAAUCAUUCAUCAUGAGGAGGACAAACUGAAGUCACUGCAGCUUCCAGAAUCUGGGAAUCAAGAAAAGAUGGAAGGAGCAAUCAGAUCAUCGCUCAUGCUGCUGAACAUAGCGCAUGAAUAUCUUGGCAGGCAUGCCUGGUGUACAAGGGACAAUGGGACUUUCCUCGUCUUUUUCAUGGAUGUCUUGGCUGCUGAACUAGUGAAUGCGAAUGAAGCCGUAAAGGAUGACCUUGAGACAGCCUUUGAACAGUGUGUCUUUUGCCUCUAUGGACAUCCAAAUAAGAAGGCCAAGGCUCGCCAUCUGUUUGACCACAAUGCUCCUCCGGUAGAAUUAACUUGGGACAAAUGUGAGGUCAUCUUUGAUUACUUCAAGCCCAAAGCACUGCCAGAAUUUGACAGCUACAAGACCAGCACAGUGUCAGCUGAGCUGCACAACCUGUUAAAAAGAAUCCACAGCUUGGUGCCUGAGGAAUCUGACCCAGGUAAACUUGUGGACCAGAUACAGGAAUAUAUCGAGGGUGAUCGAAACUCAGCUCCCACCUUUACUACUAGCAGCACAGUGCUGCAGGAACUGUACUAUCUGCUGGCAGAUUACUUUUUCAAGAACAAAGAGCCUGCGAAAGCAAUCAAGUUCUACACAUAUGAUGUCUGUUUUAACUCCUCACGGCUUGACUCAUGGGCAGGGUUAGCCCUGGCCAAAAUGAGUCAGUUAGAGCAAAAGCUCAGCUCAAUGGAGUUAAAGAUUGAUGCCCCGUUGCAUAAGAAAUCCAUAGCCGCUUUGCGCUGCUUCAGCCGAGCAGUAGAGUUUGAGGGCAUCCGCAAGCUAUGGAUAGAGUAUGGCUCCCUGGCAUAUCAGCUUCACUCUCAUGCCUCCAGGCAGCUACACAUGCAAGCAUGGUUUCCAUUGACACCUGACCUUCUGGAAAUAGCUACAGAAACACGCAAUGAAAUGUUGGCCAUAGCACGGAACUGCUACUGGAAGGCAAGCGAGUGUGAGGCAGAAAGCAGCGAAGAGGAAUGGCUGCAUCACUACAUGAUGGGCAAAGUGCAGGAGAAGAAGCAUGCACAUCCUCGUGAAUAUCUGGAGCACUUUAAGCAGGCAGCAAUCUAUCUUCACGAAGAAGGAGCCAAGUAUCCACGCAAAAUACUCUACCAGCACAGCCCUCCACAUCUGUCGCUAGAAGCCCUGGAGAUGUAUUAUCGUCUCCAUGUUGCUGUCAUGAAACAUUUACUGAAAACUCACACACCUGAAACAAAGGAGAAUAUGAUGGUGUUUGAUCGGUAUGUUACGGAAGCUAAAGAGUCUCCCUUCGCCCUAAGGCAGGAAAAGAGAAAGGAGGGGAGAGAUACCUUGUCCUCAGCAGAAGACAGCCAGUCAUCUGCUACCAGCAUCCCUCCAUACAGCACCACUUUUCAGCGUCCUGUCUAUCACAUGACACCCCAGGACCACAACUACUCAAAACAAAAAAGCUACUCUGGAGGUUCAUCAGAUAAUUUGAGUGCAUCUAAGAUGGCAAUGGAAACAGAAACUUCUGAGUCAGCAGAAGAACCAGAGACCCUGACUCCAUCCAAGUCCAGGAAUCUCAGUGUUGAGAGGGCAGAUGAGCAGCCUGGUAGAGGUCCGGCUGCCUCAGCUGGGAGUGUAGGAGUGGGCUGUGGUAAGGUCAGUGGUACACAUAGCGAGGGAUCCGUUUGUGUUCCAACAUUGUCAUCAGUAGCAGUGCACCGAAAGUCCCUUGCUGAUGGAAUUAAAAAGGAUGCAGAGGUUGAUGGCAGCAGCUGCAUGGAAGUGGUAGAGCUUCAUAACGAGCAAGGCUGUGAAGUAACUGGGGAUAUUGUGGACACUCGACCUCUCUUUCUAGAUAAACAGGUCAGUGAGGGAUUCAUUCCUUCACAAGAGGCUGAUAUUGUUACAUUUGGACGAGGAAAGAAAAGCCAGGAUGAAUGUGUUUCAAUGACUGACUUGACAAGAACAUCUAUAGCUGCUGGUUCUUCUACAUUAGGGUGUGCACUGGUUGACUCAGUCAUUGCUGUUUCUUCUGUCUUAGAAAAUGAAAAUGUUAAAGAGUUGCCUCAGGAAAUUCAUGGUCAAGAGAGGAAUAAAACAGAUCUUUCUCUCCCUUUUUCAAGUCAGAAAUGCUCAGUGGUAGCAAGUUCAGCUAGGGGAGAAGCUCUGCAGAAACAGGCCACAGACAAGCCAUCCACAAGUGUUGAUGCAGGAGAGUCAGAAGCUUUGCUGCAAGAAGUGGCAGACACUAAUCACAUUGGAAACUCCCAGAUUUCUUCCCCUACAUUAAAAGAAGCAGAUCCUUCGGAAAAGUCUGCAUCCGCUUCUUGCUGGGCUAUGCCUGUCAGUGAUACAUACAGAACAGAUCAUGGGCUGAAGGACAGCAACACAGUGCAAGACUUCAUGGCAUCAGAUUCUUUGUCCUCUUCCAGUGUCAUACUGCUGUCAGAUCCUGAGGAGUCACAACAACAUUGCACUACACCUGGCAAGCAGACUGUUACCAUGUCAGCUCGGCCAAACAAACAACUGCAUGUUGCUGAUCCUUCGCGGUUGAUGCCACAGCUUCCUGAAGGUCAUUCUGAAGCAGUGCUAGAGCAAAACCUAAAUUUGUUUCCCUCAGAACCAAUGGAAAUUGCUGUCAGCUCACAAGAUUUGGGAAAUAAUUUAUUUAAAGAAAGCAGAGAUGGUAGAAGAUCUGGCGAAAAGAUUGCACCGAUAGAUGGAUCUGGCGAAAAGAUUGCACCGAUAGAUGGAUCUGGCGAAAAGAUUGCACCGAUAGAUGGAUCUGGCGAAAAGAUUGCACCGAUAGGUGGAUCUGGCGAAAAGAUUGCACCGAUAGGUGGAUCUGAAGAGAUGGGUAUGAUGGGCAACGACAGUAUUGCACCAAAUGAUGCUGUCACCAAAGGCACAGUCUUAAGUACUCAGGAUCCACAGGUUAUUUCACCAAAGAACCCACAGGUGAUGUUAUCAUUGAAGGAAACGACUCCCUCCAGUGGACAACAGCUGGAUACAGACAUAGCUAGCAAAGGAAAGACUACUGACAGCAACAAAGGGAGAGAAAUACAUGCAAGCCAAGAGGCUUUAAUCGAUGGAAAGGAUGAGCAACUUUGUGAACCACCAUUAAGAAACCUAGGGCUUACCGAUGCUAAGCAGGUUAGUGAUGCAGAAGACAAGCCUUUGCAAAACAAGCUAUCACCUGGGACUGUGCUGACAGGUGCAGCCUCUCCACAGCAAGGCAGCAGCUGCAUGCCGGGGAAUAGUGCUGGCAGCAAAGCACAAGCAGAUUCUCACAAGCAGGAAACUAUUCUCAGUCAAGAGGAGUUUGAAAAAUGGAAGAAGGAGCUGCUGGAUAAGUGUGUUGCUGCCCUUCAUCUGUGUCUGUCACGCUUCCCAACCCACUACAAGUCCAUCUACAGACUGGCACACCUCUACUACAUGUCCUUAACUCAUAAGAACACUGCCUUUGCAAGAGACUUAUUACUAGGCAACCCAGAGUGGCAGAACUUGAGUCACAUGCCAGCCCAGGGCCUGUUUGCAGAACGUCGUGUCAACAAUUUUUUUCAGGGUAUCUGGAAGAUUCCUAUAGAAGAAAUUGAUCGCUCAGGAAGCUUUGCCUCUCACAUCAGUCGCUCAGUGCAACUGUUGUUAGAUGUCUCGAGACUGGGAGAAGUGCGCAUGCUGUUGCUAAUCAGCACACAGCUGAGAAAGAAGCCUGACAUUGGAAGCUCCCUUAUGAAAUGCACUGAAUGUGCUAGAUUAACUUUUUGCAGUAGAGAGUUUCCCACUCAUCCAUGA